UUCACUUCACAAUUUUUUGCAGCUUCGAAGCCGCCGCUCAUACUAUCGCCGCCGUUGUCCGUCGGCCAAGUUUUUUGCUUGCUUUUGUAACUUCGGAACAGAGCUUUCCAAAAUAGAAGAAAGAAUCCAGACUUGGAAUUAUAAACCAAACAGCUUUAAUUCCUGGGAUCUUUAUUGUGAUUUUUGAGCUUUCAGGAGAAGGGAAUGGGGACGUUGCAUAUCAGGGAUAUUUUAACUUCCUUUAGUCCGAGUCUGGACUUGUUUUCGAUCAGUCUUGGUGAUGGUCGUAUAAAGAUAUGGGACACGGUGAAGGGUCAGCUUCAGAAUGAGUUUGCAGAUGUUUCUUCAACAGACACAGAUAGUAUAUUUGGGAGAGAGGAAGGAGGACAUCUUUCAAUUGAUUAUACAUGUAUGAAGUGGUUGUCCUUGGGGAAAAAGAGAAAAAGGAAGUUUGGGAGUUCCUCCCUCUUGGUGCUGGGAACUGGCAGCGGAGAUGUUCUGGCAUUGGAUGUGUCUGCGGGUCAGUUGAAAUGGAGGGUUAACAACUGCCAUCCCGGGGGUGCGACUGCAGUUUCAUUUCCUCAGCAUGGUUCACACAUUUACACUGCUGGUGCUGAUGGAAUGGUGUGUCAGAUGGACACAAUUUCAGGGAACUUGUUAAACAAGCUUGAGGCUACUUCAAGAGCAAUAUCAUCGCUUGCUGUUUCCCCAGAUGGGAACAGGAUUGCAACUGCAGCGGGCCAAUUGAAGAUUUUCAAUUGGUCAAAUCAGAAAAAGCUUCAGAAGUUUUCCGGCCAUCCUGGGGCUGUGAGAUGUAUGGUUUUCUCUGAAGACGGUAGAUAUGUACUUUCUUCUGCUUCCGGUGAACGGUAUAUUGCAGUUUGGAAAAUUGAUGGCAGCAAGAAUAAAACAGCCUCCUUGUCUCUUGCAAUGGAGCACCCUGCUGUCUUCUUGGAUAGCAGGUCCAUCAACAGCGACGGUGCUGAUGGUGCUGGUUUAUCAGUUCUGGCUAUAUCAGAAAUGGGUGUUUGCUAUUUUUGGUAUGGAAAAACUAUUGAUGACCUACACAAUGCCAAACCCACAAAAAUAUGCAUACCUUGUGAUGAUGGAGUUUCACGGAAAUACAAGGGAACAACUCCUAAUGUAUUUGCUGCAAAGCUACAAAGUGUUUCUGAGCCUGCAUGCGGCCACCUGUUUCUUGCUUAUGGGUUGCUUAUAAAGCCCACAUUUGACAAAGUUCAGGUGCACUCUGGUGCAGACAUGAAGUUAACUGUCUCGUUAGAUGGAAUACUUUUACCUGCUUCUCAGUCAAACAAAUUGAAAAAAGCGUCAAAUAUGAACAAUCAAGUUACUGCUCUUGAUUGGUCGAAUGCUGUUGGUGCAUUACCUCCUGUGGCUAAGAUAUAUGAUCAGCAUGAAGGAAAAAAUGCAGUAAUGCUAUCAGAAACCAAAGCAAAAGAUAAAGUCGGGCUAGACAAAGCCGCUCUAUGCAUGGAGGACCGUCUCAGAUCCUUAGGAAUACUUGGCAGCAGCGAUAAAGCACUUAACCAAACCAUGGAAUCAAAAAUGUUGAAGGGCAUCAAUCUGGAUGGAACUGCACCGAAUAAGAAGGUGAAGUCAACCAUCUCAUCUAUGGAACCUAAAGAUGCAAUCAGCUUAUUGAAGAGCUUAGUCGAUGUUUGGCUAUCGAGAUCUCACAACAGCAAGCAUGUCCUGCCCUGGAUAUCUUGCAUAUUAGUUUAUCAUGGCGAGUAUGUAAAAACUCAAGAUCCGAAACUUCUUGAUUCCGUGCACAAGAUCGCCAAUUUGAAAGAAUCAGCUAUGAACUCUUUAUUGCAGUUGUCCGGUCGUCUGCAGCUCGUAUCAGCACAGAUGAACAAGGCCUCGGACAACAAAAGUAUCGUCUUGCCACACGCCAUGGAAGAAGAUCAAAGCGAUGACAAUGAUGAAGAAGAAGCUGUUUAUGGCGUCGACGAUGAAGAUGAUUCUCAGACAAGCAGCGAUAGUGAUGAAUGAUUAAAUGCAUCUGCUGCUGCUGCAGCUGCAGCUGCAAUAGCCCUUACUAAAAAUUUUGUCCCGUGUGUCUUUUAUGUAUUUUCUUUCUUUGUAAUUUUUCGUAUGCAAACAUUAUUUAUUAAUCAAUCUAUUUCAACCUUAUGCUUCAAAAUCAAAUAAAAGCAAU